AUGCAUCCACUAAAGAACCUAGACGCUCAUAUUUUUUCUGGGGACUUCCACACUCUAGACUGCUGCCACACAGGCAAGGCUCCUUUGGCCAGUCCUGUGGAAAACCGGAUGUAUCGGAGUGUGGAGAACCUUCAGUGGGCAACAGCUGCUGACUCUGGACUCUAUUCUCACUGCCGAAGCCUGGAUAAUGAGAUCAUCUUUCGCUACAGAGGCACCAGUCAGUGGACAGAAGGUUGUGUGGAUGUGGCCCCAGCGCAGAGCCCAUCAGGCUCUCUGAGGAACCUUUCUCUCCGUGCUAAACAGACAUCUCGAUCAGCACAGAACGUGCUCCUCGCUCCCUUUGCCAAAGUGCCUCAGUGGCUCUUCCCUUCUGCAGAGGAAAGAGCCCUACAUGGGGAUGCCAAAAAGGAGCUGAAGGAGAAGCUGAGGCUGCACAACAGUAAGGUGGCAGAGCCCUGCAAGCCAGUGCAUCCAGAAGUGGCCCUGCCUGACUUGAUGGCCCGGGACCUUGCAGGGAGGCAGAGACUGUGUUUUGCACACAGGACUGUCAGUCCCGAAGACAUCAAGCAGGAGGCUCAGAGGAGGCUUCAGCUCCGAAGGCAGAACAGCUCCCCCACUUUGCCCCUUCAGUAUGCCAGGGAAACCCAUGAGAUGGCCAAAUCCAGAACAGCAGAAACCAUAGAACAAUGUAGUAAGGAAACAGAUGUCAAAGCUACACUGGGACAGAGCAAGAAAGGCCUCUGCAAAGGGAGGCUUUACAUACCCACCUUUGAGGAAUUCAAACAAAUGAGAAGUAAAGUGGCAAAUUCAUCUGCCAGCAGCAGUGGGCCAGCAGAUUGCUUGAAUAAGGGUCUGCCUGCAAACCAGAGCCUGAAGGAGGAGAGCAGUAAGAAUGUCUGUCCAGAAGUUCUGGGGACUAAACCUGUGAAUGAAGCUGCUGUCACAGCAGAGGAUGAUGAUAAUGUGUUCCAUGAAAACCACACCUCUGCUGGCUUUACCCAAUAUCCAAACACAUGUAAUGGUUUCAGGAUGAGCAGGCCUGACAUGAAGGACAGAACCUUCCAAAUCUGCAGCCCAGAUAGGUCGCCAGUUCCCAUUUGCUCUAGCCCUAUCCCACGAUCACCUUUACAGGCAGUAGCGAUACACAGAGCUGGGCAGGAGAUCUUCAGUGAUGAGCAGCAGAAAGGAGAGACAAGACAACUAAAUGAUGUCCUCCACCUUGCAGGGCAGUCGCUGGCUUCUGAAGCCCAGUCUUCUUGCUGUUCAUCGCUGCUGUUAGAAGCAACAGACUUAUCCAGCUAUGGAGCUAAGCUACAAAAAAUGAAGGAUGAAUUCAUAGGUUCAGCCUUGGAACUUAUUAAGAAAAGCUGCAAUGCUGAGGCUGCUGGCAAAUCCCCCUCCAAGGGACAGUGUGAUCUGAGGGAAGCUGAUCUCCCACCUCCCGAGGACAGCCAACAGCCCACAGCAAUGUCCAUGGCAACAGAGACCUGGGAGGAAAAGCCAAGCAAUGAGACAUCCAGCGACAUUCCACCUGCAGAGGACACCCCCAGUUCUGUCUGCCGCCGAUCCAGCUCCGACAUUGUCCAUGAGAGUGCAGAUGGUGCCAAGGCGCAGCGAGAGUGCCGGCUGCGGCCGCACCUCAGUGACCCCAUGCCAACAGACUCAGUGAAGAGGAAGCAGCUGGAGCUGAAGAUUGCAGCUGCAGCACGGCAGCACGCACAGAAGCGCCGGCAGGAGCGAGACUAUGGUACCCACAAGACUCGCUGCACCCCACGUGGCUCCCUUCGCUCCAGACAUCACUGGAGUAAUGUCAGCAGCCUGAGCACAGACAGCGGGAUUGUUGGCAUGAAUGAUGUCCGGGAUGACCUGGAUCCCAGCGAGGCCACCCGGACCAAGCCAGCGGAUGUGGAGAGGGCAGAUAGUGGCAUUGGCCAGACACCAGCCAGGAAGUGGAGGAACAGGGCAUCUGAAACGCUGAGCUCCCUGCAGGCCUGGGAAGCACACCGUCCCUGCACUGACUGUGGGGAAAGAGACCUCCCAAGGCGAGCUGACCUCUGCGAGAAGUGCUGCAAACGCAGGACAGAGCGCAAGGAGUCUGUGCUUGAGUUUGUCAACACAGAGGCCAGCUAUGGGGAGGACCUGCGCAUCAUCAAAGAGGAGUUCUACCUCCCCAUGCAGGCAGCUGGGCUGCUGAGCCAGGAGCAGCUCCUGGGCAUCUUCAGCAACAUCCAGGAGCUCAUCGACCUCAAUGAGAGCUUCCUGGAGAUACUUCAGGAAGAGAUCGAUCAGGCCUUUGAUCAGGGUGAUGAUGACCUGAUGACCGUGUGCAUUGGUGAAGUAUUUCUAGAGUUUGUCAACAUGCUGCCAGCCUUUCAGACCUACUGUCUUCAGCAGUCCUCCUCCGUGAAUAUGCUCAACGCUCUGGAGAAGGAGAAAGAGCUCCUCAGAAUAUUCCUUGAUGUCUCCCAGAAUGACAACACAGCACUGCGGCGGAUGAACUUGAGGUCCUUCCUAAUGGCCCCUUUGCAAAGAGUCACCAAGUACCCACUGCUGCUCAGCAGAAUCAUCAAGACCACCACCGAAUACCACCCAGAUCACAGCAGCCUGCGGGAGGCCAAGAGCCGCAUUGAGUCUCACCUGGAGCACAUCAACAUGAAAACCAAGCAGGAGGGGAACACGUGGACCCUCCGAUCUUUUCGCCAGGACAGCAAGAAGAAGAGGGAAGUCAUCAACAUUGAGAUGAGAGAAACUGCCCUCAAAACAGUAGGUUGGCUGCGGGAGGAAACACGGUUUGUGAUGGAGGGGUCUCUGCAGCUGGCCCAGCCCCCCGAUGGCCAGUGGGUGAAGAAAGGCAGCAAGACCCUGAAGUUCCAGAACAUGCAGGUCCUCCUCCUCGUGAACAUGAAGCGUGUGUCAGAGUCCAGCCUGGAGUCAGCUGAGCCAGGGCCGGUGAAGGACGCUGUGCUGGUACUCAUCAGGGACAAAAAUAACGGGAAGUUCCAUUUGCUCAGGGAGCCCUUGAGGCUGAGCAAUUGCAUUGUGUCCACUGACCCCGACUGCGAUGACACUUUUGAACUCAUUGAGAUCAGGCGGGAGGCAUUUGUGUUCCGGGACAGCGACCGGGCACGGACUCACCACUGGUUCAGGCAAAUACGGCGGUACUCAAGGGAGCUGGGCUCCUGGAAGAAGCGGCGCAACGCGCUGCCCAACAUCAUGAUCAGCACCCCUCACACCAGGCCAUGAGUCCUGCAUGGGCAGCAGGCAGGGAGACUUGGCUUGACCAGUGCCAUGUACAAGGACCACCAAAAGCCUUGGUGGCUUGAACUUGCUCUGCCCCAUGGACAGCAGAGGGGGAAGCCUGGCCCAUGGAGACUCUGAGCAGCACUGGAAGCAAGCAUCACAGCCCAAUCCUGGUCUGCCAGCCUUUGGACUCAUAACCUGUUUGUUGUUAAUACACACACAGGGGUGGGCUUCCCUCAAGGAGCAGAUCUCUGGAGGAAAGUAUUGAGUUUAACUUGUUAGUAUUGCACUGCAGAAUGAUGUAUGAUGCUUGACAUUGCAUGGAUUGUGUUGAAAGCCAGUGUUGACAACAUGAGAGAGGUUUCCAUUGACUAUAUUUCAUCAGCAUUAGGUAAAGUCAGGGUCAAAAUUAGGUGCAGUAUUAUGCAACAGAGGAUGCAAGUUGGAUGUAAUUGUUUUCUACUGCUACUCCUAAGGACUGUCUUUCAUUACUCACCUCUGUAUAUUCAAAGUACUUGUUGAAAAAAAGGCCUUUCAUCUUUAAUCCAAAUCAAGUAGGUAUCAAUUUGCUCAGAUUCCGCUGCAUGCACACAGAAAAAAUAAAAGCAAAGGAGACUAAAAGGAGUUCUUGUUCUCUGACACAUGCACCCUAAGUGUGUGUAGAACAUGUGGAAGAGCACUAUAACCCCACUGAAAGUCUGAUAUUUAACUGGCUUAGGGAUGGUAACAUAACACUGCAUCUGAAAUAGAAGUCUAUGUAAAUAUAGCUCUGCUACCACUAAUAAUUUAAAAGUUUGCCAUUAUUUAAAUGAUGUAAUCUAGUGUAUUUCAAAAUUGUAUUUCAAAGGAACAAUUUACAUUGUACUCUAGAGUAAUAUAAAAGGUUUUAAUAA